AUGAAAUUGAGAAUAAGUGGGGAAGAAGGUGAUGAAGGUAUUAUGAAGGAGGAGUUCGAAAAUAAUUCAUAUUUGAAAGAGCGGGAGAAAAGUGAUAUUCCAAUGCUUCUAAGUUUCGGAAGAAAAUAUUGCUUAUGA